UCUUUUUACUUCCAUGUACUGAACGAAGGAAUGCUCAAAUUCGGAACGCCAAACUGCCUCUCUUCAGAGUGGCUUUUUACCCAAAAUGACGAAGGGUACGUCGAGCUUUGGUAAGCGUCGUAACAAGACGCACACGUUGUGCAGAAGAUGCGGACGUAGUUCGUAUCACAUCCAGAAGUCAACAUGUGCACAGUGCGGAUACCCAUCAAAGAAGAUGAGAUCCUAUAACUGGUCAGUCAAAGCCAAGAGGAGGAAGACCACUGGCACUGGUCGCCUGCGCUACCUAAAAAUCGUACGCCGCAAGUUCAAGAAUGGAUUCAGGGAAGGUUUACCGAAACCUAAAGCCGCAGCGAAAUAAAAUCUUUUUGUAUAAUAUUUGUUAUACAAUAUCGAGUACUAAUAAAACAGUCUAAAAACAUCUGUACCA